AUACUAAAUAAAUGAAAGAAGAAAGAAAAGGGAAGCAAAGCUCCCAAACCCCACCCUGUAUAUAAAAAUUCUUUCCAAGUUUCUUCACCCUCAUCUGAGAAAGCAAACAAAAGGACCAAGGCACUGUUGGUAAAGCUUUUGACAAACCCCUCUUUGGUUGGGUGUUUAAACAAGGAAACUCAACGAAGUGAAAGGGUUCAAAACAAAAGGAAAAGAAGAGAGAAAGCAACUUUUUUUUUUCUCUUCUUGUGCGUGUGGGGAACUUAUUUUUGAAGGAUCAGAGGCAUAUGAAAUUGAACUAAAUUUUUGUUGGUUUUUUUUUUUUUGCAACAAAUGAUGGCAGGAAACCCUAGCUGGUGGAGCAUGCAUUUGCAUCCACCUUCUCAACACCCUUCAACUUUGUUAACCACACCAUCCCCAUCCCUCUUCCCUCAAUAUGUUGUUGAAUAUUCAGCUACUUCUUUGCCUGAUAACCAAGAGCUUCCUCAGUCAUGUAGCCAACUACUCUCGGGUGGAUUCUCCGGUGAAGAAGAAAGGUUAUGUCCAAGUAAUUUCCAGCCAAAAAAGUUGGAAAAUUGGGAAAACCAAAUCCUGAAUCCAUCUCUGAGGGUUCCCGUAGUUGAAGUUAUAAAGCAAGAGGUUACUCAACAACAUAGCAACUUGUACGGUCAUCAUCAUGCCAGUGAAGAAUUUCAAGCACCUAGGCUUCCAGUUCCACCAGCUGCUUGGUCUCAAAUCAUGGGAACUGCAGUUUUAUCCCCCAGCCCCAGGUCCUGUAUCACCACUUCAAGCAGUAAUAUGUUAGACUUCACUUAUAACAAGGCCACAGAUGGGUCUAUCUCUAAUACUCAACCACCCGUGGACCAUUCUUCUGAGUGUAAUAGCAAAGGCAGUGGUGGGGUGUUUAAGAAAGCUAGGGUUCAGACGUCUUCAAGCCAACCACCUUUGAAAGUGAGAAAGGAGAAGCUUGGAGAUAGAAUAACAGCACUUCACCAGUUAGUUUCCCCAUUUGGAAAGACUGACACAGCAUCUGUGUUGUUAGAAGCUAUUGGUUAUAUCAGAUUCCUUCAAAGUCAAAUUGAGGCUCUUAGCUCCCCUUACUUGGGUACUGCAUCACCAAACAUGAGAAACCAACAAUCUGGUCAAGGAGAAAGGAAUUGUGCAUUUCCUGAAGAUGAAGGACAGGAAAAGCAAGAGCCUAAGUCAAAGGACUUAAGGAGUAGAGGGCUGUGCUUGGUUCCUGUAUCAUGCACCCAACAAGUCGGAAGUGACAAUGGUGCCGACUACUGGUCGCCGGCUUUCGGUGCGGCUUUUAAUUAAGCGCACACACAUAUAUUUUUAUAUGUAUGUGGUAGCUAAGGUUUAAAGUAUGCAUUGAGUGGGAUGGAAUUGAAUGAUAUAACAUCAUGAGCAGUCACUCUGCUGAGAAUCUUAAGGCUGAUUGCUCAUGAUGCUAUUGCAUUCCAAAAAGUGCCUAUAUUAAUUGUUCCUUCUUCUUCUGCUUAUUAUUAUUAAUGUAGGAUAGUUUGUACUUUAGUUUCCUUUGAACUAUGACAUUGCUUCAUCUAUAUAAGAAGUUCGUUUCUA